AUGUAUUUGUUUAAGAAGGCCAAAGACUCCAUUGUCAAUUCGCUGCAAUACGAUAAGGGUUCUCCCCUUAUGCGGCUGCAAGGAGUCUGCAAGGGGAUCCUCCGGGCCACGUUCCUUGUCUCCUUCGCGUUGCUCUCGCUAACUGUAUCAACCUUAUACUUCGAGCGAAACUUUUUUAUCAACAGAGACCUGUUGCAGACCCUGGCAGUGACAUCGCUCCUCCUCUGUUUGCUCUCCCUGAUCAUCCUAAGAAGAAAAAAUGGAACCUACAUUUAUGCCAAAGUUGAGAUGCACCCUUUUUCCUUUAAGGACUUGAUUGACGUAUCACUGGCGACGGGGACGGUCACGAUCUCGGUGCUGGACAUCCUACUGUGCUACCUUUGCCUCAUUGUGGUGUUUUUCACCUUUUUAACGGCGUUGUUUUCCCUUUAUGUAUGCUUAGACAACCCCCACAUGAAGGACAACCAGAAUAUUAGCCUUUUCAGUAUGCAAUUUACGUCCGUUUCGUACAUCGGGCUGUACUUGAUAACUCAGUUUUGUGCAUUCAAAUCUAUGCCCUACCACCCAGUGGAAUAUUUGGCAUAUAUAGUUAAAAACAUCAUGGAGGACAUUUUCUGCGUGGGGAAAAAGGCGUGGAAGUUUAUAUACUAA